CACAGGAUUAAAUGAGCUACAAUAAGUACACUAUAUGGCCAAAGGUAUGUGGACACCUGACCAUAACACCUACAAUAUAUGAGCUUGUUAGAUAUCCCGUUCCAAAACCAAGGGCAUUAAUAUGGAGUUUGCCUUCCCUCCACUUUUUUCAGUUAGAACAGCCUCCACUCUUCUGGAAAGGCUUUCUAUAAGAAUUUUGAUUGUGUCUUUGGAAAUUUGUGGGGAUUCAGUCAAAAGAACUUUUGUGAGGCCAGGCACUGAUGUUGGAUGAGAAACCAUAGCUUGCAAUCGACUUCCAAUUCAUUCCAAAGGUGUUCAGUGGGGUUGAGGUCAGGGGUCUGUGCAGGUCACUGGAGUUCCUCUACACCAAACUCAUUAAACCAUGUGUUUAUGGACCAGGCAAGGGCCUUUGGCAAACUGUUGCCACAAGCUUGGAAACAUACAAUUGUCUAAAAUGGUUUUGUAUGCUCAAGCAUUAACAUUACCAUUCACUGGAACUAAGGGGCCUAGCCUAAACCAUGAUAAACAGUCCCAGAAUAUUAUCCAUCCUCCACCAAACUUUAUUGUUGGCGCUAUCCAUUCUGGUAGAUGGUGUUCUGGCCUCCACCAAACCCAGAUUCCUCCAUCAGACUGCCAGAUAGUGAAUGGUGAUUUGAACACAUUUCCACUGCUCCAGAGUCCAGUGGCAAUGUGCUAUACACCACUCCAGCCAACGCUUGGCAUUGCACAUAUGACCUUAGGCUUGUGUGCAGCUGCUUGACUAUGGAACCCUAUUUCUUGGAGCUCCCGACACAGUUCUUGUGCUGAUGUUGCUUCCCGAGGCAGUUUGGGACUCUAGUCAGUGAUGCAACAGAGGCUAGGCAGUUUUCACAUUGUACACAGUUCAGCAUUCGGCGGCCCUGCUUUGUGAGUUUGCAUGGUCUACCACUUCAUGGCUGAGCUGUUGAUGCACUUAGAUGCUUCCAUUUCACCAUAAUACCCUUUACAGUUGACUGGGGCAGAUGUGGCAAGGCAGAAAUGUCAUAAACUGACUUGUGACAAAGGUGGCAUCCUAUGACAGUGCCACGUUUAAAGUCACUGAGCUCUUCAGUACGACCCAUUCUACUGCCAGUGUUUGUCUAUGGAGAUUGCAUGGCUGUGUGCUUGAUUUUAUGUACCUGUUAGCAGUGGCUGAAACACCAAAAUUCAAUAAUUAAGAGGGGUGUGCACAAUACCUUUGGCUAUAUAGUGUACCUGUACACCUACAGUGUGCACCUAUUAGGUAGGUCUUAAUUAAAAAUGUUAUUGUUCUGUGCAAAGCUAACCUAAUACUGAGGCCAUUGUAAACGGAGAUGUAGUGAUUUUAAUAAUGAGCUUUUUGAACAAUGGUACUGGUACGAAAUGCACACCACUUUUUCCUCUCUGUGAACAUUAAACCGAGCAACUCUGAUUGUUGUCUCUGCGGUGCGUUUAGCAGGUGUAUGGUAACAGCAAUAAGAAUUCCGGAAGUGUGCUUGUGCUAGUAUUUAUCCGCGAAUUCGGUAACAAAAAACAUAAACAUUGUACCUGUUUACGGCUUACUGUAGUAAAUACCAUCAUUUCAUAAUAUUAUACUCUACUUAUUAAUGCAUUAUGACCUAUAGUCAAACUCGCUGUUGCGAAUUGCAGGAUUAUCAGCUGCGCAUCUACAAACAGAUUUACGGUAAGGUAUAUACACGUUCGCCUCAUCGUCGCCAUGGAUACCAAGGACUCGAGCGAGUUUGGGAGAUGAGCGCAACAUCUUUGCAACUUCACGUCUUUCUAACUUUUAUUAUCGUUAUACCGGUAUUUUGGAGCUUCCUCAAACCUGCUCUUUUGUAAAUGUAGCUAGUUUGUUAAAUCUUAGCACAUUUACUGUUAGCAAGCAGCGGAGCUAGCUGAAUAGGGUCAGUUUGCAUCUGUAUGUAACACAACAAAGGUUCUAAUAAAGCUGCACAUAUCUGCUAUUUGUACACAACACAGUUAACUAGCUGGAUUUUUAAAGAAACUUAUGAUUCAGACGUACUGCACUCUGUUGUAAGCUGUUUAAAGUCCAUGUUUAAACUGAAAGAUAUGAAGGAAACUGCAGCGCUGACUGAAAAGACAGAAGAACUGAAAGCCUCGAAUGAAGCAUUAGAGUUUCUUUCCAGCAUUGGACCUAAAGAUGUAGAUCAGUGCCUGUUUGUGGACUCUAUGGUGACUGUUUCUGACACUGGCAGAGAGCUAGGAGAGUUCUGUGUUAGUGUACAGAAGGCCAGCUAUAAUGAUGAACCUUGUUAUUUGGUACACGCUAACAGCCAUGGAGCAAUCGACAACAUCCCAUGUGGCACUUCUAUUACGGCUUAUGUAUCCAGGAGCCUUGACACACUAGAGGAGAAUCAUAAUGAAUAUAUGAAGCUGCAGGAACACACACUGGACAAGAAGGUACACAUAGUGAGGCAAGGCAGUCAUCUAGUGGUGAAUAGAGUCAUCACAGAGAAAGACGAAGUGAAGAAGCAAGCAUUCACAUUCCCUCUGCAUUCUCUACAAGGUUUCGUGUCUGAGGCCUCCAACCUCCUGAUCCAGCGCAUUUUGGCCCAACAGAAGAAAGUUCCAGAAAAUUUGACAUUCCUGUCAUUUGAUGCUGACACCCAGAUUGGCGUGUCAACCUACAGGGAGCUGGAGGUCAAGAAGCAGGUGGUUGGCGAAGAGGUGGUGGAGGUGUUUGGCAUUGAGAGGACUGUCUCGUCGGCAGAAAAAAACCCUGCAACCUGGCACUGCUACUUCCUCCCAGAUGGACAUUUAGCCAGCAGAGUGCAGGUGGGCUCAUCAGUAACAAUGAGCCUCUUACAGCUUCCUCCUGUAGUCAGUGAAGAUGAGAGAGAUCAUAAGUCAGUCUGUGAGAAGAAGCCCUUGGUCUGGGAAGAGGACAUCGAGCUGUACUCAAAGUUUUUUGACAGAAAGGAAGAGCUGAAGGCUGAUCACUCGUCCUAUGUUAGACAGCACCCUGAGCUUAAAGCACUACUGGCUGACUUCCUGCAAAUGCUGCUGUUGAGAAAGCCUCAGGAUGUUUUCUCCUUUGCCCGUGACGUCUUCAUUCCUUUUGACUCUCAGCGCCCACCAGACAGCACCUUCAACACAUCACAAAAUAUAACAGCUGCACAAGAUGAGAAGUCCCAGCCAGUCAGGCUUUAAUGUUUUGCAGUGAAUAUUUUAAUAAAGCUUUUCCAUUUGUGCCAGA